CCGGGCUCUGGUGGGGCGGCCACGCCCAGGGCGAGGGGUGGGAGGCUAGAAGCCGCCCGAGGGUCCCUGGGACUGCGGCGGCGCUGGGCCGCUCUUCUCUGCGCUCGGUGGCUGUCCGGCUACGCGGGGAGGAGACGUCGGGGCGGCGCGAGAGUGGCCGCGGGUCUAGGUCCUGGCCCCGGGCUCGAAGCGCCGGUCUCCCAGGCGCGCUCUCCUAGCUUUGUUCAGCGCCGCGGGCCAGGACUGGCGGCGGGCGGUGGGUUCCCGGGCUCCUGGAAUCCCGCAGCGCCGGCCUGCAGCUACCGGAGCCGGUCCGUGGCUGCAGGACGCGCCCCUCCGGGAAGGGGGCGCUCCUGCCUGGUCAUUCGCCCUUAGGUGGGGCCCAUCGGCGCGGCUGGGGACCCGGCAAGCAGCCCCCGCCGUCCUCCCGGGCCUGGGCUGCUGCCGGACCGUGCGUCUUCCCUCACCCCAACCCCCCGGCCGAAUUCAGCCACAAGCCGAGUCAGGCGGUUACGUGGCCAAACUGGGCCCCCCAUUGUUCCUUGCCUCUUCCCGGGGAGGGGGGCCGUUGAGCGGUCCACCGACCCCAGGGACCCCCGGACGCUUCACAGUUUCCGAAUUGCGGUGCCUUGAGGCAAAUUAACUGCUACUGUUGCUGCGGAAAACGGAGACAAAGCCUGAGUGCGCCGCUUUGGAAGCGAUAUCUGCUGUAGAGUUGAGAUUUUUUUGUAAAACCGAAGUUUGUAGUACAUUAGACUUCAACGGUAUCAAGGAUAUUUUCGUGGGUUGCUUUUGUUUAGGGUAUGUUUGCCGAGGCGGGUUGUAGUGUGGAGUGAUUUGCGUUUGGAAACUCUCAGCUUUGCCACUGCCUAGCAUUAGGAAUGCAUUGGGCUUAUCUUUGGGACUUUUGGUCUGGGAAAGAGAUGAGAGGCGUCCCCCCUCCCCAAAUCCUCUCCUUCCUUCCUCCCUCCCUCCCUGCAUUCCAAGCCCAUGACAUCAGGGGUUUCUGGGGGGAGAGAGCAGCCAAUCGGCGCGGAACUGCGCACAGAACGCUCAUUGUCUCCUUUCUGCUGUUCUGGCCAAAGCGCCACAAAGGAGGGCUGCUGUGGUUUAAUUCCCAUUAACCUCCCGGGAGCCGAAGCAUGUCAGGAUUGCCACCGCAUCGUCCGACCGCUGUUAGAAUACGCUGGCAUUGUCAAAGCUGCAGCAUCCCAGUGUUUAGGGUGCACGCGGUGUGGAGUGAAUUAUAUAGAGGCAAUGAAGCGCACCGUUGUCAAACCCCAAGGGAGAGUUAUAGCUCUUCUCCCCCCCGUUACAGCCUGCGCAUCCUGAUUCAGUUAAUAAAUUCUGAACAGUCUUUGAGUUGAGUUGAGUCAAAGAGUUGAUUUUAACCUACGAAUCCAACAUUGGAACGUUUGGGUUCUUUACUUUGUCUAGUGCGUUGCCCUUAUUCGAAAAUAGUUUCCUGAACAUUUUUUUUAGAGGACAGAGAAAUGGUUUGUGUCUGAUUGUUCGGUUCUUUCCAGGGUUUACAAAUGGAGCUUUAGGAAUCCUUUCAGAGGAAUCCGCAAGUCCAAACUAUUGGAUGUGAUACCCUGGCCUGGCGUGUACACAUUAAUUUUAAUUCGCCCUUGUGAUUCUUGGCUGGGGACGGUUGAACGGUUGAGUCUCUACCUUUUGCAUUGUAAAUGAGGUCCUGAUAACUUUGGCAGUCCUUCAAGUGACUUAUUUUUCUUGGAUGUUCAUAUCUGUAUUAAUUUCUUUUUGCUGACUAAUGAAGCAGCUUCUGCCCUUUUCCUCCUUUUUAUUGAGCAGACUGAAGGAAUUGCACACACUGGCUGGAUCACUGUAAUUGUACAUUUUUAAAAACAGUAAAACCUCAGUUUUCAGAGCCUUUGGAAAGUUAUAGCUUCGAGUUUCUAUAACUGCGGGUUUAUUCCUUUAAGCACAAAAGGCAUAUUUUAACUACCCCAUUCAUUUAUAUGGGCCCUUCAUACAGUACCCUUUCAUAGGAAGUCUUUUGAUCUUAACAGCACAGCAGCCCCUCGAGGUGGGAGGGAUUGCUGGGGCUAUCCAACAUCGUUUAUAGGUCAGGAUGCCAAAGCUCAGAAAGGGUGUGAUUUGCUCAAGAUCACAGAAGAGAGUUGGAAUAUUCUAAGAAUGUAAACUCUCAAAGUGAUAUCUUAGUGAAGUAGUUAGGGAUAUUCUACUACCAGUCACUGUUGUCUGCCCACCCCCCCCCCCCCACUUUUGCUGUCCACCUGUCACUUCUUGACAUUGUAAUUACUCAUCCAAUGCCGUUUUCAUCUGCUCUGGGCUUGGAAAUCAAAUAUCCAUGUUUGGUAAGGCUUUUGUAUGAGAUACUGCAUUUCAGCUGUGGACACAGUGCCAACAGAGGAGUGGGUAUAUGGAACACGAACUUUGACACUGCUUGGUUUGGACACUUUUUGAUUUCUUCCUCUGUUUUCUUUAUGUAUUGCAUAACUGAUAUGUUGCUUAAAUGUAAGGUGUGUUUUUCCCCCCUCUUAAAACUUCAUUUAACAAAGUGGAAAAAAUAUAAACGUCCUCAGGAAGCAGUGUGGAACAGACCUUGGAUUCAAGCAGACAUGGGUUCUAGUCCUCCCUCUGUCACUCUGCCUUGUAUGAUGUUGGGCAAGUUCAUGGAUAUAUCUCUGUCCCAGUUUCCUAAUCAGUAAAAUGGGGGAAAUAAUAGUUACCACCCCUAAACACUACGGUGAGAUGUGUCUGCUUGUAGUACGUACUCGGUGACUAUGUUGUAGCUAUGAAUUCUUAGUAAUUGAAAAUUAGUAUCGAUAUUCUAUUUCUUAGACUUGUCACUGACUCUGUAAGUAUUCCAUUUCUAUUAAAUAAGCCUUUGGUCUUUUUAUAUUCCAGCUGUGAAAGCAGUUCGUCAAUGAAUUGAGGAAAUCUUUGAUCUUAAGUACUUUUAAUUAGUAAAAGUGCAGGGGAAAAAAUCUGUAAACUUAAGAUAUUUAUUUGACAAGAUGAUAGAUAAUACAUGGCAAAACAUAUCAGACUUACUUUUUUUUUUUUUUUUAAUGGCAAAAGUUUGAAAACAGCCUAAAAAAGUAGAAUCUUUCAGCAUGGACUGUGAACUGCAUCUUUAAACAACAAAAGGGUCAAUAACUUGCAAUCUGCAAAGAUCUUAAUAGAAUAGUAGGGUCAGGGAUAAUACAGAUAACACGGAAGCUGGUGUAGAUAAUUCUGUGGGAUAUGUAAACACUCAUAAAGUAGUACGGUCCUGAAAAGAAAGAAAUAGGAAGAAAGAACGGAGUAAGGUUGAGCCAGACCCCCCCACUGCAUUUUGGGGACCAAAAUGAAAAGGAAAACAGUUUUGUGCCUUUUAAGCUGUGAGAAAACGUGACGGGUCCUCAAGGAAAGCACAGCAUUUCCUGACGCUUGGCUCUGAACAAGAUGUUGGAGCCAGUAGACCUCCUUGUAAAGUUGAGGAUGCAGGGAAGCAUACCCUCCCUGGGCUCACAGCAAAUGCUGUGGGGAGCUUAUAGGUCCCAGGGAAGGUGGAGGAAAUCAGUUGUGGAGGGAGUGGGUGGAGCUGAAAUUACCUCCGUAUCUUUGAGGGGGGUCGUCUCUCUGAAAUAUUAAGAAGAACGGGAACUGGAAUGAGCGUUCUCACAGUUUUCUCACCUGGAAUGUAUGGUUUGAGCAAAAUAGCUUCUUGCGGAAUCUUCUUGGUUGCAACAAUGGUAGCCCUCAACGGUUAAAAAUCAUGUUGGAAGACUUACUACUAAAAUUGUAAAUCACUGAAGAGUAAGUUAAACAAUCAUAUAGUAACAAAUAGGACCAAAUGUCCCACGAGGCCUGCCAGCCAGCCUGCCUUUGGACAAGCAGUUGCUCUAAGAGUGUUCCUGAUCACAUUAACCCCAGGUGAUUGUGGACUCCAGCCGCAGAUUGCACCCUAAGGUGGUCUGCCUGGUAGAGCACCGGAAUCAUGGUAAAAAUGUAGCUGGGUCUAGCUUUAGUUUGUUAUUGUUGUUCCACAACCAACGUGGGGCUUGAACUCACAACCCUGAGAUCAAGAGUCGCAUGCUCUAUUGACUGAGCCAGCCAGGCGUCCCCAGACAUAGGCUUUUAAUUCAAAGCUUUUCUUUACGGUCUCUUUCCACCAGCCAUAGGGGUUCCAGUCUUAUUCAUUGAUGAGCUACGUCAAGAUCUGUAUUUCAGAAUACAACUUGGGAUAUAGUUGAUGCUAAUAAGUAUUUGUUGAUUUAAUGAAUUUAUCCAUCAGGAGUAGAUUUUGCCAUCUUUAAAAAUUGGAAGUUAACCCUAUUAUUCUUCGCAAUAGAAUUCUGUAGUGCAAUGUGAUAAUUUGGAAGGACAAGGUGAUUUUCACAGAUUGCUUUUCUUCAGUUUGUUUUAUUAAUGUUACACUGGAAAACUUAUUAGCAAGAUAAUUCCUGUGCUUUUGCUGAGGCUCUUUCUUAGACUCCCAGAUUAGGGAGGAACAGUAGAAGGCCCCUCUGUAAGGCUCUGUGGGAUACCUGCAUCUCCCAAAGACCACCUGCAAAGUGGUCACUCAGCGGAUCUGGCCUCCUGGCUGGGAGAUGCCAUUGUGGUUUACCUGCUCUCUUUUUAUCUCCCCCUCUCUUGACCAAAACAGUUUAAGAAAAUACAUUUGCUAAAUUGAGAAGGGGUACCAUGUUUCUUCUCUAAAAUGCUGAGACAUAUUUACUCUGGAAUUUUAAUGAAGAUCAUUAUCAAGUUCACUGUGCUGUGACCCACAGCUUUUUACACUCUUUCCUUUGUGGAAAUUGUACUAUUUGUCUGUCUCUAUCCACUCCUUUAGAUUUCAGAAAUAAGCUUGAUGGGGUGCCUGGCUGGCUCAGUUGGUGGUAGAACAUGUGACUCUUGACUGAUCUCAGGGUUGUGAGUUGGAGCCCCAUGUUGGGUGUAGAGUUUACGUUAAAAAAAAAAAAAAAAAAAAAGCUUGAUGAGGAAGAUGUCACAAGUACUGUCAUCAACCAGAGGUGCAUCCUUCCCCCUGUACCGUUUCCCUUCCAGGUUUGGAUCGUGGGGGCUAGUGAGUAUUUUCACCUAAAAGUGUUUUAUGAACCGAUCACUAUUAUCUGUGACAUUAAAAAAAGAAGAAAAUGAAGCACAAUUGGAUGGCUUUGGUUUUUAGCCAAUUAUACCAUUACACCCAGCAGAAUGAGAAAAUGCUUAACUUACUCUCUCAGUAUGACUAGGUGGUGGGAGAGGGCUCGUCCUUAGAGUUUUUUGGCAAGUUUCAUUUUAUUCUAGGCAUUAGCCUCCUACAGCAUAUAUUCUGUGUGUGUUGGUUCUUCCUAACCCUAAACUCCUGGCCAUACUGGGCUUUUAGCUGUUAUUCACACAUCCUUGUGCUCAGGUUUUUGUUAAGGAUUUCUUGAGCCCAGAGUAGAUCCUGGUUGUGGGGCCUGAAGCAUAUGCAGUGUGGGAGGGCGGAACAUGUCAGUCAUUCCCAGAAAUACAAAAAUACCUGGCAGAUUUUAUAAAAACAUAACGACCGUGGGAAUCCUUGUGAACUUGAAGAUACCUGGUUCUUGUCAGUGAGAAAGUAGAUUCUCGUGCCUAAGACCGUGGACUACGGAGACUGCGUUUGAAUCUUGUUUCUGCCCCUUACUCUGCGACUCUGGGCAAGUAACCUGUGUUUCAUCUGCAAAAUAAGGAUAUGGAAAUACCUGCCUUCAUAGGGUUGUUGGGAGAAGUAAAAUAGACAGUCCUUGUAAAGUGUUUAGAAUCAUGCCUGGAACUAUAAGCACACAUCAUGUAAAUGUUUGCCAUUGUUCCACGUUGCUGGCUGGUUCUCUGCUGGUUACGUUCAGUCCUGUGUUCUACUGAGCUUCUCUUGUUUUCUAGAUAUUGAGAUUAUCUCCAGGACUUGGACAUUCAUUCAGGAAUCUGUAUCUGAAUGAGGCUUCUGGCACAUAGGGGACCACAAUGCCAAACAAUACCUCUGGAUUUCACUUCUGUGUCCAGAAUAUGAUCUGCCCCUAGAGUCCUUAUCCAGGACUCCUUCCCCUGGUAGCCUGUGCUCCCUCUGUGAAAUGCCGGGGUUCGAAGCCUGUUCUCAUUGUGUCCACAUUGCCCCCAGAGCCAGGUGCUUCUCAGAGAUCUCGAGGCUUUGCUUUCUGGCCAUGUUAUUAUUUGGCUUUUUCUUCUUAAGAGAUAGAUUUCUGUUAAACAAGAUAAGAUGCCUCUUUCAUUUCUUGCUUUCAGAUAGGGCUCAUAUUCCUCCACAGUGCACUGAUGAACAUAUUUACCUCUUUGUGUUUAUUCAUUUAUUUUUAAGAUUUUAUUUUUUAAGUGAUCUCUCCACCCAGCGUGGGCUUCCAACUCACAACCUGGAGAUCAAGAGUCACAUGCUCCACCGCCUGAGCCUGCCCCUACCCCUUUGUGUUUAAAUCUUGGUUGCACUGGAGGCCUUUAGUGUCAAAUGGUCUUAGGAAGGCUUCGCAUAGACCUGUGUGAAGGAAGUCCAUGGGCCCAGAAGAUGUAGUAUUAGUUUUCCCCCAUAAGGAAGGGAGGGAACUUCUUCAGCAUCUUCCUUCUGCCAACAGGAAGCUUCAGGGUAUGAGUGCCAUCAGUGGCCUGCAGUGGGCAGGCCAGGGGAUUGGAGGCAGGAGUGCAGGGAAAAGAGAUCUUUGGGCGUGGAAGGACUCUUUCGGGUGAGACAUAACCUAAGCAUUUAUGGCCAUUUUCCUCUCCUCGCUGACACGUUUCCAGGGGAUCCUGGCUGUGGAGUGGCUAGACAGGGCUGGCCAGGACUUCGUUGUUUCUCUCCCCUUCCCAAGUGUUUGGACAUUGAUCUUUCUUCAUUAUCCCCCGCCUCUCAGCCUGCUUCGUGCUACACAAGUCUCCACAAAUGGGAGAGAGAGUGUGUGCUUCAUGAUCGCAAUUUUCCCUCCCUCCUUUUGUUUCACAUGGGAGGAAAUUGGAGAGAAAAUAAUCAAUACCAUGUGUAGUAAGUCUCUCAUAAUUCAAACAUGUGAUUCUACUUUGAAUGCAAAAAUAGCAACAGCAAUCAUAGUUCUGAUCGAGUACAGAAAUCAUACUUAGGUUAAACGUCAUAUUGUGAGCUUGUCAGGGUCCUUGGCCUUCACAGCUAAGCCGGAACUCUGGGGCCGUUCUCGAGAGUUCACGAGAGUUCACGUAUGGCCACAUCCCUCCCCCUGAAUGGGCCCAUUCUCUGCUCUGAAGACUGGGAGGCAUUUGCCUCUGCUUUUUCCUUACCUUUCUUGAGAGACCUGUAUGUUGUAGAAAUCCCUCAGCCCCACCCAUCUCGGCCACACAUACACACAGGCGUGUGCUUUGCCAGCCAGGCUUUGGUUUUGAAUUUUCUUCCCCUCUGGGCUUGAUUUUUAAAUUUUCUUCUUUUCCUCUUUUCCAUGACUGCUCUGUUGACACCCUUUCCUGCAUUCCGUCUUACAGCACCUUCUAAAACAUGCCUGUCGUAGGAGGUUCCUUUUUAUAGGGGCCCGUGGAGGAGUUAAAGUGUUUCUCGUCUGAGACAUCUCUGCCAAAUAUCUUCUUACGAACUUUUGAACCACGCUGGCAACGCCCUUUGAGACUGCUGAUUCCCCAUGGGCUGGUUUGAAUCAACAUUUUCUCGAACUCUGCAGCAUGUUCAUGGUGCAUCAGUCUGAUGCGGUGAUGGUGGUAGAGGUUGCUUCUGGAUGCCCUCUCCUCCUCCACGAGUGGAAAGGACUUCAUGUGAAGCCGCAGAGGCCCAGCCUGCUGGCUAACCCUCCUCUGGCUGGCUGGCAGCACAGCCCUCUGCCAAAGGCUCCGUGUGCAGCGUAGACACUUCCUGUCGGGCUGGUUCAGGGGGGUGGGGGUGGGAGAACAUUAGUGGAGGAAAAGACGUAGGCUUUGGGGCCAGACCUGGGUCCAAAUCCCCGCUGAGCCCAUGACUUUUGGACAAGUGAUCUCUGUAUGGACACAGUGCAUCUACCUUGGGGCGCCAUCUUCCUUGCCUGUGAGAACCUCUUCUCUUUUUCUGUUCUGAUUUUGUGACUGAAAUAUUUGUUGUGAAGAGUGCAGACAGUGAAGUAGUGAAAGUAUCCUGUAUCCCUUACCCCCCACCCAACCACUGGUGCAACUUUGAAUAUCAUUCGACCAUUUUAGAACUGAAUUGUAGACUUUUGUAGAGAUUCUGGUUACUUAUUCAUUACCUCCCUUCUGGUGGAUAUUUCCUUAAAAAGUACUUGUGUAGAAAAGCGCAUAACUGUUGACCUAAUACAUAAAAGUGUUAUAGGUAGUACCAGAUGACACUCUAAAAAAAAUUAGUUUAUCCUUCCCACCAAAGGUGGGAAAGAGAAAGUGGUUCUCUUGGUGGUAAACCAAAACGAUAUCAGAGCAGGCUUGUCAAAAUUCAAGUCACUUGUUUUAGUUCAUUAUUAUCAAGUCAUGGGUCACUGACAUCUGUUGAUGCCUACUGUCUCAGUCACCCCGCCACUCAGGUGUGAGUUGGCAGCAGAGUGAGGUGGGGGCAUCUCUUUUACAAAUUAUUUGAUGAUACGUAGUUUUUAAAAUAGAAAGUCUAGGCAGCAUCAAGAUGAUUUCUUAUCAAAAUGGCUAUCAAAUAGUGUCAAGUGAUUGUUCCGUAUGAUGUUCUGAGUUUGAAGGAGGAAAUCUUGAUGGUAUCUGGACAGGAGUGGCCAGCAAAGCACAUGCAGAAGGGUAAGGGUUGACAUUUAUUGACUUCUUCAUGAUUAACGUGAAUUAAAUCCUUGAUUCUUCCCAACAACUCUCUGAUGUUAAGUGCUAUUGAUGAUCUCUGGUCUACAGGUGAGGAGGUCCCAGCACAGUAGAGCUGGGAUUUCAACCAGAGCAUUUAGUUGCCAGAGCCCAUGCUCUUAACUGUUUUAAUCAGAAGCCAGAACUCAGGGAGAACUUGCAUCUUUCAAGGUGAAGAGGAGAAGGCAGACCAGAGACGGAAGCUCUAGGAUGAAGUUCUUUAACAAGCGGCCACAGGGAGUGGGAUUGGAGGGGCUUUCCGGAGUGCUGCAGAAACAGGCCACUGGAGUUGGCUACUGAGGGGUCACUGGUGACCUUCUGAGAGAUGGUCUUCCAUAGAGGUAAUUUCCAGAGAUAUUAGGAAGAAGUACUAAGUGAGGAAAUGGAGAGGUUUGUCAUGAAAUGAAAGAGAAAACAGGACGGUGUUUGUAGCCGGCAGCAGGUUUAAUCAAAGAUUGGGACACCUGGGUGGCUUAGUCGGUAGAGCAGGAGACUGAUCUCGAGGUUGUUAGUUCGAGCCCCUCGUUGGAUGAAGAUAAUACUUAAAAAAAAAAAAAAAGUGAUGAGUGCUUGUCGUGACGAGCAUAGCAUAAUGUAUAGAGAAAUAGGAUCACUGUGCUGUAUACCUGAAACUACGUAACACUGUGUGUCAACUGCAUUCAAAAAAGGGGGGGAAAGGCACUUUUUCAGACAACAUAGGGGGUGGUGUGUGCCCACUGAUGGACCAAAUAAGGGGAAGGCCUUGGUGUGCACUUUGAGUGGGACCAAAGCAAUAGAAGGAAGAAGGUUCACUGUGAAAAGCUGGGAAGGAGCAAGAAAGAGGACCGGGAAACAACUGAGGUGGGUGAGACCUCUCCUCCUCCUUACCACCGUUGUGUUCCCCUCCUCAUGUGAAAUCAGGGUGUUCCUUUGCUCCUGGCCUUGUUUUCCCGGAGCCACUGGGGUCUGAUGGUGCAGGCAGCAGCAGUGGGAGGGGACCGGCCAGGCUGACGCCUGCCUGUGGAAUAUACUGUUGAUUCAGCUGCCGCUCUCUGCUGAGUCCUGCUGAGGCCCCUUUGCAGCCUGUGUACUGCUCUCUGUCCUCAUUCCCUGGGCCCUUCAUCUGGAAGGGAUGCAGAGUUGGGUUUAUUUUGUUUUUGUGCCUGGAUGUCUAUAGCAAGCCUUUAUUACAUAGUCUCCAAGAGGCUUUUUUUUUUUUUUUUUUUUUCUCCAAGAGACUUUUGCACAGCAUGCUGAUGGGGGAUCCAGAGCUUCCAGAGGAACUUAUUUUCCCUUGCUCCCUGCUCUCAGAUAGCAUUAGGUUGGGUAAAAUGUGCAGUUGGCUUUAUUGUUGAGAUGUGGAGGGCGCCGUGUGACCUCAUCACGGGGUCUUCUUGGGCUUCAGGACUGGAAAAGGGAGCCACGUGGAAACGUAUUUUUUUAAGGAACUCUGUCAGUCUUGUAACUUUUUCCUUCUUUGUUGCAGUGUAUAAGAAGCCUGGGCCAUAGUUUGCAUCUGUCCCGUCUUUGGUGGCAGUUGUGUAGGACUUGGUGUCAUGAAGGUGUUUGAACCUUCUUUUUGACUUCAUCUUUUUUCACACUCCCCAUUAAAGCAAAUCAAACCAAAAACCUUUUUACUUAGUGUCUCAACAAGUUGGGUAUCCUAUAUCUUCAUAUGCUAUUUCAUGAUGUAGGUCAUACAAGUUUUUAAAAAGAGGAAAUGUGAAAUCCCAUCCUGCUUUUUUAAUGGAAAUUUCAUAUCUAAUUUUCACUGUGAAGAAAAAGGCCCUGGUAUCUUGCACAGUUAAUAUAUCCUUAAGACUCCUGUGAAACCUCACUAGCAGCAUCUAGCCUGUGUCUAAAGUGAGGUAUUUCAACUCUGUUCUUCACCGGUUGUGUAAAGCCAGGUCUCUCAAAGGGACAGACUCCGCUCUGGUUAGAAAAGGCAUUCAAGAUCUGAGACCUAGAACUGGGCCCCCAGCAGGAGCUCCUGAUGUACUGAGGGCUGACCAGAAGGCUGGGGUCCUGCUCCUCCUUGGCCUUCUUUCUGCCCAUGGCCCAACAGUAGCUCAGAGUAAGGGGGCAGUGUGUGUUUGACUCACUUUUGGGGUGGACAGCUGGGAGCACUUCGAUGAAUGUGGUCAGCGAUCUGGGAGCAGGGAGCAUUUCCCAGGUUGGUAGAGAUGAGUUCCGUGUAAAUACAAUGUACACUCAGGGCUUUGGAGGUGGAUUUCAUGCCUCCUCAGGUCACAAGGCCCUUCCUACUAAGCAGACUUGCUGUAUAGUCGAUGAGGAGUGAGUAUACAUUCUAAAGCUAUGGAAGGAAGACUUCCUGCCUUGAUGCCCCUUGUAAUGAGAGAAACCAGCCGACCAUGUGGCUGACUCACAAGUUAUUCAGGAGGCACCUAGGUGCCUACUGAGGACACCAGUACCUGAAGAUGUAGAUGGCAGUAAAAAUGGCAGAUGGCUGCAAGUCUGAUGAGCGAUGAGUGAGGCGGACCCUCAAAUAUCCUAGAGGUGAGGUGAAGGAAGCAGAGUGUUCAGGAGCACCUGUUUUCAUCUCUUUGACCUGAGGGGCUUCUGUGACAGUCCCCUUUCAGCAGGAUUUCUACAGCAACAUCAAAUUCAAGACCCAGCCAGCCUCCUUCCGAAGCAAGAGAACGUUCUCCAGCAGGUUUUCUUGGGGGUCUCCUUCCCCCUGUGCUUUGCUGGCACUCACGUGCUCUCCAUCCUUACAUGCUGAUUGUAUGUCUCCUUAGAAUUGCCACAAACUUGUCUUGGGUCUGCCUGCAGUGUGGCAUUCAGAACAGAUUGACUUCCUCUUCUACAGGACUUUCAUUUAAAUAUUCAGAUGGUACUAGCCUGUUUCUUCUCCUGCCCCCAAAGUCCCUUCUAGGUUAUAUAUAGCCAUUCCUGGCGCACAGUCUCUCAUUAUAGGCUGUGUAUGAUUUUUCUGAUCUUGUCCCCAUUCAGUUUGCCCCUUCUAGAAACUGUCGCCCAUUUGUCAGUGUCCCCUUCUAGGCUGCAGCACUCAGAAUUCAUCACGGUAAUGCCACAGAUAUGGUUUAACCUACCAAAGUCCAGUGGGAUUAUUAACUAACUCCUUUGUUUGACUACAAAGCACUGAGUCAUUCUGUUUUGAUCACUGUAAUGAGGUAGAUGAGGCACCUCCAUGUCAGAGGAUUCCAAUCCUUGCUUGGCAAGUUGGUUUUCCCUCUUUAUAAAGUAAGGAUGAUGAUAAUUGCAUAAGGUUUUCUAGUUUACAUGCUCCUCUCACACCUGUUUUAUUUAAGUAAUCCUUUCCUUGGCUACCUCAUAGAGCUGUUAUUAUCAAGCAAAUAACACAGGCAAUAGUAUUUUAUAAAGAAUUGUAUACCUGUGCAGACCGAGAGAGUGUUAGCUUUUUUUAGACAGAGUUGUUUAGCUUAUUGAGUAUGCAUGAUGAGUUAGUUCUAGAACUUUGGUGCAGGAUUUUACAUAUACCUGGAAUAAUUUAUUAAGCUAGGAUGUUCUGAAUCUGAACUGUGUUUCUUUUGAGCUAUUCCUAAUUUAAUUUUCUAUCCGUUUGAUAAGUAUGUCCAAUAGUUUCCAGAUUGCCAAUUGUUAAUUUGUUACCAAGACAGAAGAGAACAGAUCUAAAUCUAAGCCUCAAGGUACAUAUCACUGGAAGCUCCUCCUACCUUGACGUAGAUCAGCACAGCGGGCAUGGUUGUUGCUUCUGACCAGGCCCUACUUCUAGAGUUACUAAACUGGACCUAAGGAGUGCCAUGGACAUAGGGACUUUUAUGAGAAAGUAAAACAAAUAUGUCCCUAGUGGUCCAUCUAAGAUUACUAGAUUGGUAGAUCAAGGAGAUGUGGCGCCUGUAAAAACCAGCAGUAUUCAAAUGCAGAUGUCUUUCCGAAACAAGAUAGAUCUUUAAAUCUGUGGCAUUUCUCUAGUUGGGUACUACUACCAAUGGAUGAAAAAUCAUUUGUUGAAUACCUACUUUGCGCUAGGCAUGGGCUCUAGGGGUACAAAAUGACUAAAGCCUGUCUUGUCCCCAAGGAGAGUACAGGCAUGUUAGAUGUGUCUUGCAUAGGUAUGCUGGCUCCUGGUAAUGGAUGACUUUCUCUACCCACCUCUGCCCAGGUACCUGCACACUCUCUCUCCAGGAGUCCACUCUAGCAUGACAGCCAGGCUCUUCAGCCUAUAGUAGAGAGGUCCUCGCCUUUCGGGUGGGGGUCAGGAAGCAGCGGGCCCUCAUGCAGGUUCCUGUUCUUUUGUUUGCCAGGGCAUCUCACAUCAGUGAGCUGUUUAAUCCAUGCAUCUUUGUUCAUCGUUCUUUCUGAGUCUGGAUUCUUCUGGGAAUCCAGCCUCUGUGCUCACUCCCACCUUGUUUAAUUGAAAUUUCAAAGUCCAACUUUUAACUAUGUAUAUUCUAAAUUGUAUAUUCUAAACUGAAGGUCUUUUUCUAGUUAGAGAAGGCAAAGUUGACAUUCUGUUUUUUCUGCAUUUUCUUAUUUAUUAGUUAUGCGGUUUGCUUUAUGCAUUGGACUAACUCCUCUUAGGGCAUUUAAAAAACUUUGUCAGUUUCAUAGUAUUGGUACAUUGAGCCAUAAUAUCUUUGCAUUUAUCUGACUAUACGUAUUCGGAGAGAAAAAAUUGUGCUAGUGCCGUAUGCUGACAUGUUGAUCUGAAGGUCCAGCUGUACCUCUGAGAAAAGGGCCCGGCUUUACAAUGCAUUUAGGCUCUUCCUGGGCCAGUGCUCUCACCAAGGAGAAGGCCAUGUUCAGUUUGAGCAUGAAGAUCAUGAGGCCCAAUGACAAGAAGCUGGACAGCUUCAUGUCCGGCAUAUACCAGGCUCUCCUCAAGCUGGGGAUGAACUCGGACCUCAAAGCCCAGCUAAAGGAGCUGAAUAUAACAGCCGCCAAGGAAAUUGGAGUUGGUGGUGGUCCAAAAGCUAUUAUCAUCUUUAUUCCCGUUCCUCAACUGAAAUCUUUCCAGAAAAUCCAAGUCCGGCUCGUCUGUGAAUUGGAGAAAAAGUUCAGUGGGAAGCAUGUUGUCUUUAUUGCUCAGAGGAGAAUUCUGCCUCGGCCAACUCAAAAAAGCCAUACAGAAAAUAAGCAAAAGUGUCCCAGGAGCUGCACUUUGACAGGCGUGCACGACGCGAUCCUGGAGGACUUGGUUUUCCCAAGCAAAAUUGUGGGCAAGAGAAUCCACGUGAAACUGGAUGGCAGCCAGCUUAUAAAGGUUCAUUUGGCUAAAGCACAGCAGAACAAUGGGGAGCACAGGGUUGAAACUUUCUCUGGCAUCUAUCGGAAGCUCACUGGCAAGGAUGUUCACUUUGAGUUCCCAGAGUUUCUGUCGUAAACAAAUAUGAUUUAAAAAAAAUGCCGUUAGGUGUCCCUCUUGUUUACCUGAGGCAGAUCUGGUUUUCCAUAGCCCUGGAAUAUACUCAUUUGCCAUCAGAUCUUUAGCACAGUUCAGACCGUGGAAGGAGCCUCAGAUUCUAUAGUGACCUUGAGGAAGGCAUGCAAUCUACCUUGACCUUCUUAUCCCAAACGUAAAAGUGAUUUUUUUCUCUAGAAUUCCCACCUCUAUCACCCUUAAGAUAUAAAUCUGUUUUAGGGCGCCUGGAUGGCUCGGUCAGUUGAGCAGCCAACUUCAGCUCAGGUCAUGGUCUCGCAGUUUGUGAGUUCAAGCCCCGCGCCGGGCUCUGUGCUGACAGCUCAGAGCCGGGAGCCAGUUUCGGAUUUUGUGUCUCCCUCUCUCUCUGCCCCUCCCCUACUCAUGCUCUGUCUCUCUCAAAAAUAAACAUUAAAAAAAUUUUUUUAAAGAUAUAAAUCUGUUUUUCAAAAAGUAGUUACUUUAUCCUUUUCAUCAGCAGUAAUCGGAAAAAGGACGAGAAUUGGGGAUGCAAAGACAUGCAGGAGUGGGCUUGCUGAUGAGUGGCAAAGGGCAGUAUCCCGGAUGAGUCCCAGUGGAACUUUUUGAAUCAUAGACAAUAAAGGGAACAGUUUGUAGUGGGGUUCGGUUAAUAGUUUGUAAUUUCUGUGCUCAAGCCGCUAAAAAAGGAGAACCUUAACUCUGAUGUGUCAGGCAUUGAGAUGGGCCCUUCUUUACCUGUGGAGCAGGCUUCAUUCUCACAACGGUCCUGGGAGGAAGACGACCUCCCUCACCAGGGUUAAGUUAUUUACUUAGGUCGCACUAGAAUUGGGAACACAGUUUUAGGAAGUUUUAAAAGUUUGAUUUCAAGACAUGUGAUCUUUAGCUUGUUGUAUCCACAAUGUUAAUACUUUAAAAAUUUGCCAAGGGUGGGGAAGGUUAAGGUAGGUAAAAAAAAAUGUUAAAGCCUCUUCAUUGUCUUCAUGAGGUAUCAAGAAUGGCAGAUGCUGGGGGUGCCUGUGGCUCAUUGGAUUAAGCGUUAGAUUGUUAGCUCAGCUCAGGUCUUGAUCUCAGGGUCAUGAGCUCAAGCCCCAUGUUGGGGUCUGCACUGGGCAUGAAGGAUAUCUAGAUAUCUAGAUAGAUAGAUA